ACAAAAAAAUGAGCUUGUACAUCAAUUUAUUGACUAUUUUAACUUUAUGCUCUGUAUUUUCUAGCUUGAUCGCUGACCCAUAUAACUGUGCUGGAUCACAAAUUAUCAAUCCACCCACUAAUAUCAGUAACCCUUGGGUUUACCCAAGUACUUGGAUAAAUAAAGGCAAUCCACCUCAGUAUGCUGGGGGGCAAAAUUGUACAUGGACUAUCAAUGUUCCAAAAGGAAUGUUCGCAAUCUUCACUCUUCAAGGUAUUACAGAUGUGUCAUCGCUUUUGACAAUGCAAGAUUCAGUGGAUUACGUUACUAAGUUCACAAUAAGUGAUUCGGAACCAUUUUUCUUGAUGGAUCCUUUCUUUGUGGUAAAUCUACAAGCCAAUACCAAUGGAACCCUUGGAAUGGAGGUCAGAUGGAAUCCGAUUAAUUCGGGCCAAAAUUCAACAACCUAUAAUAUUCACCCAAAUUCGUCUCCAUUGCCAUUGUUUGGAGGGGACUUUGAAGAUCCAGUAAUUAUCCAAUCAGAUACUCAAGUGUCACUUUUGGCAACUCUUCCAAGCAUUAUAAUAACCGAUAUGGCCCCCUUCAUGAGGAUCACACAGGUUUUUGACGGACCGUCGAUUAAUUCUACACAUUUGGGAAACUUGUACCAGGUAAUGGCUUCAAACAAGAACUUGAUCUCUUCUGGAAAGUCUCUAACGUUAUACAGCCUUCAAGCAGGAUUUAGCAAUAUUGGCUAUGCCGUUAUUCUUCAAGACUAUGCUGACGUUAAACAAUUCAAUUCCUCCUACAAAGCAAUUAAUUGUAUCAGCAUUCUAAAUUACUGCGACGUGAAACUUGACGCAAGUGCUGGUACUGCAGCUGCCAUCCGAUACUAUGGGUUGUUUUAUGUCGAUGACUUCUCAAUGCCAGACACUAAUGUAAUUUCUGUUUAUAAUGAUUAUGUGACACCUCUUCAUAAACUUGCGGACUACACAUCAUCAAUCUCCAAAACCAACACUCCACAGAAGUUUAGUGGAAAGUUCACAACCUUCGUUCUCAACAAAGAUCAAGCUACUUUAAGAAUGUCGUCAGCCGAGAAAACCGCUGAAUGGAAUACGGCAUUUGAUAGUCGUCGAGGAUUUUUCACCUCUGGCAAUUAUGGAUUGAACAGUUCGAUUCAAAAUAUUGCCGAUCAAAUUACUGCAAGCAAACUGACGAAUAUCAGUUUUACUGUUGAUCGGACUGCAAUUAUUGGAGGUGCAUCUCUUACAGUUAAGAUUACUUCUGAACAGAAAACUGUGCUGAACAAUGUGUACACUACUUCCAACUUUCCUGGAGGAAUUCUAUACACUAUUGGAGACUCCAUAUCGGUGAAAUAUGACUCCAAUGGUGCUGUAUCAACUGGACCAUUUGUCUCUUUUGGAUUUGACCGGUACAGUUCGGCGGCUUGUAAUGGAAUUUUCAUCACAAUCAUCAUGGCUAUCUGGAUGGGACUUUCCCUGUGAUUUCAAUGAUUUUUUAAAAUUCUUUAUUGGUUAUUUUCAUUAAUAUUAUAUAUGCAAUUGGGAACUCAAUCAUUUAUUUUAAACACUUUUGAAUUAAACAUUUUAAAAAUAUCAAUUUUUCAAUUUUAUAUUGUUGUCGACUCUUGCCUUUACUUUUUCUAAAUAAACACAGCGAUAAAAAAAUUCUGAAUUUUUUCCAAUAUUGUCUAAAAAUAAAUAUUUUUUUCUAA